AUGGAACCAUUGGAUCAGUUGGAAUUAAUUGAUAACUUGCUGAGGCUGGGAAUAUCUUACCAUUUUGAGGAUGAAAUUGAGCAAAUAUUGACUUUCAUAAACAGAAAAUGUAGCCAAAAUAAUGAGCCAAAGAUUAAGGAUUUGUAUGCUACAGCUUUGGAAUUCAGGCUACUAAGACAACAUGGCUUUAAUCUCUCUCAAGAGAGAUUUGAUUGUUUCAAGAAUGACAAGGGUGGUUUCAAGCCAAGCUUAUGUAAUGAUACAAAGGGAUUACUACAACUGUAUGAAGCUUCUUUCUUGUCAAUAGAAGGUGAGAGUACUCUGGAGAUGGCAAGAGAAUUCACUAUCAAACAUCUUGAGGAUAAAAGUGUUGACAUUCACUGUGAUCCAUUGGUGCAACAUGCCUUGGAGAGUCCACUGCACUAG